GUUAAUGAAUGAUAGUAAUUCAGUCGUAAUUAUUUAUUAUAAUGAUCACGAUGUAGAUACUGUACUUGCACACCAGUGAUACUCAUCAGGAUCAUAUUGAAUCCGAUCACUCCAAAGAAAGACCACAGAUUUGUCUCAUACUGAUAUUGGAAAACUUGGAGACCAAAAUGUUUAGGAGGCCAUGAAGGAAGUAGAAUAUUUUGCAGGAGUACAAGGAGGCUAAAAUCGAGGUUCUAAACGGUUAAGGACUUUUCACUCCUCGUAUUUGAGUUCCAAAUCGACGCUGAGGCCUGAACGAAGACUAAACGGGACUAUUGAGGCGUAGUAAGGGGCAGAUACAUAUGUCGACUCGGGACCCGAGUGGAAAUUUCAUUAGGUUACUAAUCAGCGAAUCCUGAAAAACUGCACGGAAAGAAAAAUUGGAAAUAUUAGGACGGAAAUUUUGACCACGGAUCGCCGAGCGUUUUGUUCAUCAGCGGAUGAUUAACUCGUCGUACGGAGGCAGAUGUUCAAUGGCAUAUCUGCAAUGAAAAAUUUACUCUGAAAAUCAAAUAUGAACAUCAAUAAAUCACAUGAACCGAUGACUGUCAUACGCGUCAAAAUACCAAAUGAUGUUGCACACCAGAGCUGAUAAUACCACGUGUCCACAUCGAUAGGGCCAAAUUCGAAGGGCAUCGAAAAUCGCUUUGGUAAUGUGACGUUAGGAUACAGAAGAUGAACCAUCAAUCUCUCCUGCAAUGGUUCAGUUAUGUAACUUACAACACUCAACCAUAUCGCCGCUUGAAGAAAUAUUUUAUUAGUCACACCAAUGGAGAAUCAAUAUGAUUAUUAUUGAAUUAAAUGUCUCACUCAUGUAUAUCCUCAUGAAUUUUUUCCCGAAAGUACUGUAUUCAUGAAGCACAUGAAGUCCAUUAUUUUUUGGAAAAAUAUUCCAGUUGUACUUCAUUUUCUCCAAAAGGUAAACCAUCUGAAAAUUGAAUAAAAUAUCCGCAAUGAUUGUGUUAUUAAAAUUAACGAUAACUGCAUAACUUGCCAUGCGAUAAUGAUAACAAUUAUUCACGUAUUUUGUUACCAACGCAACAUCAAUGAUAAGGGGCGCGAUGCAGUCCAGAAGAACCAGGAAAUCGCCCCGAUUUACCCAAAGAGCGGAUAUCUUGAACAAUAAACAUGACGUAAUAGAUUUUCGCACCGUUUUUUCACAUUUUUAAAAUUAUUUGUUUAAUGUGAUAUCGCUUGUAUAAUGGAUUAUAGACACUAUCAUUAGUCUUACACUAGCUAUUUUACAUUUUUCCCUCGAGGUCUAAUUUGAUUCAGAUUUGUACAUUACAGCCUUUCCAAUAUUUAUAAAUAAAUUUGAUAUAUUUUCCAUAUUUUUUGUCAGUUGCCUCUGCAAAUUUCUUAGCCAUGAAAGGUCGAGUCACAUUAUAUGUAUAGGGGGUUACACUCCUCAUUCAAUCAUCUUCAUUUAUUAUUAAAAAAAUUGCGAGUAGAAUGAACCGUGUUUACACGGGUAAUAAAAAUCGUUAAUUCACAAUCGUUUAGUGUCACCGUGUUAUUUCGCUAAGAUAUCAUAUGAUAUAGUAAUAACUUUUUCAAAGAAAUUUGUUGGAUUUCGGCGUUUCCCCGUUUACAAAAUUCACUUGUUCAAAGUUUUUAUAUUUCCGGAUUUAGGGAAUAUUUAUUCCUUUAAUACUGUGGAUCCUUUCCAUUAUGUUAUAAUAAAAAAAGAGGAAAAGUUCCGGAGGGACUUUCUUGGAGUGGAUUUCUCUCAAAAUGCAUCUGGUGACCAGGGAGAGUCACGAAAGGAAAGACCAAUAUAAGGGUAGGAGGAGACAUUAUAUUGUCCUCUGAAGAGGAGGCCAAUCUGGACAUCACACGUGAUAAGUUAGUUUAUUAGAUUAUGAACAGGGAUUUACUAAAUAAUAUCAAACGAUUUAGCUAUAAACUUCAAUUCCUCGAUAUUCAAUAUAGUUUGUUAUAAGUUUUCGUUCAGAAAAAUACCUCUUGACAGUCUGGAGCCAAAUCAUUUUAAUACUAAUAAUCAGUGUUUAAGAUACUUAACAGUGUUUGAUUAUUUCGAGCCCUAUAAUCUACUAAAAUUAAAUAUAAUAUAUUUAAUAUAAUUUUCAAUUUUAAUUAUCUUAUGUAUCUAUAUAAUGCCUAUAAAAUACAUAUUACACAUUGAUAAACUUAUAUUCAUUCAAUAAAAUUUAUUUCAUUUAUAAUUAAAAAUUAUGUAUUUAUAAAAAUAAAUUAAAUUGACAUAUAUCAGGGACCCUGAGGACGAUCCCCACAGCAGCGCUGGAAGCUCUGCUUUUCGUCCAGCCACGACACCUUGACAUAAAAGAGAGGGGCAAGUUGACGGCUGCGAGGAUGCAGCUUCCGGGGACGUGGAGAGGAGCCAAGAGUGGUCCUACGGCCAUCCUUGUUGCGGACAUAGAUCUGAGUGAGACACUGUCCCAGGGAGGAGACACAUGCAGACCGCAGUGGCACUUCCAUAAAUCAUUCAUGGUCGAUCUUUACUACGAGGAAACUCUAACGGGAGGCGAUGCCGAGUGGUCGCCGCCCAAGGGGCUGGUCUGGUACACAAAUGGCUCUAGCUAUGGACUGGCUAUCGUGCGGGGGCGGGAAUCUGGUCGGAUGGGCCCUCAACUCGGAGUGCCAUUGGACUGGAGUGACACGCAACCGUGCUCCAAACGGAAUUAGCUCCCCCGAGAGCCUGUGCAGCGAUAGCGCUCGACAAGUAGGACAGGGGCAAGAGAAUAUACAUCCGCUCGGAUAACAUCGGUGCACUAAGGGCAUUCCACGGAAGCGUGAGCUGCUCUCGGUUAGUAAACGCUUGCACUGAGAUAAUGGAGAGGAUAGCUGUGCAUAAUCAGCUAGAAGUGGCACAGAUGUCAGGCCACGAUGGCAUUCUCGGCAAUGAAAAAGCCGACCAGUUAGCCAUGAAAGGAUGUCUGAUGUGUGAGUGUGCAGUAAAAAACCACGUAGGGGUCCGCACAGUUCAUGUAAAGUAUAUGAUUCGGAGGAAAGCGGUGAGGGGGGUUGUGGAGAAAUGGAGCUCUGGAGAGUCUGCCAGACCUACGGGGUCCCUACUACACAAUCCUACGAAAAAGCUAGUCAGCACAUUGUCGGCCUGAACAGCAUGAAACUCCCCUCUUUGGUGGGGCUUAUUACUGCACACUGGACCCUUGUUGGAUAUCUAGCAAAAAUAGGUAAGGGGAGCGACCCCGACGCGUACGAGGCGGGCUGACGGAAGAAGACUCUCACCACUUAACCACAAGAUCGAGUGGCCUGGAGGAGAUCCGUUGGGAUGGCUUCAGGAUCAUAUGCGUUCGGGAAAUUUACGUUCAUAGGGACAGAUUCGAUGGGCUCUGCGAAAUUGCACGCAAGGCACACCCGAGAGGAAAUUCAGUAGGGCAACCCUGAUCAACUAUCAGGCUAGGAUCCGCCAGGAGUACGGAUGGCCCUAUUAGUGCAAUACCGUUAAGGGACUGAUCAAAAAAUGAUGAGGCACUUGCUAGUAAGUUCAUUACAGAAUGUCGAAUCCUACAUUCAAAAAUUAUAAGUACCUACUCGUCCAUUUUAUUGAGGAAGGAGCUACUUUCGACAUUGCGGCUAAUCCCUGGGUCAAAUAUGAUGAGAAGAAAAAACAAUUCUUGAGUUUGUUUCACGCUGGUGAUGAAUCCGAGCUGACAGAAUCAUUAUUGAGAACCUAUAAUGCUCCUCCCAAAAGAUGGAAAUAUUAUCCGGUCGACCUGAGAGGGGGUGCAGACACAUAUGAUAUUGCUUUGGAGCGACUACAGAUCUUGAAAGACCUUCCAUACGGCUUCUCAGAUCACGAGCACAGUCAACAAAAAAUUGAGGGAUUGAAAAAAAUGAUUAUAUUAAGAAAGACGAAUCACAAUCAUUAUGAGAUCAAAGACCUCUUUUCUCAGGCAGGUGGACCUCUAGAUGAUAAGGAUGAUGAUAGGAUUUCGAUAGAAGUCGAUGAGUCUUCGGAUACAGGAGAUAAAGAAAACGUGAAAAAGCAGAGAAAUAAACGUUCUGACGGAGAAAGAAAACGCAAGCAAAUUGUCGCCGAUUCCUCACCGGAAAUGGAAAACGAAAUGGAGAUUGAAAAGUCAUCGAAACUUCGUGAGGAACGAAGGAAAGUUGUCUCCGAUUCUUCACCCGAAGAAUUUGUUAAACGUAAGAAGAUCAGUAAGAAAAAGACAGUUUUCACAGACUCUUCACCUCAACCAUCUUCUAAACGUCGAAGAAUUGAGAAAAAAAAGACGGACCAAGGCAGCACUGAAAUUGAUAAAGAAAUGGAAAUUGCAAGGUCUAAAUCAUCGACCAGUCAAAAGACAAAAACUCAAGGACUUUUGACAGCCUCCUCCGCUUCAAAUAUCACAAAUUCAGAUCAAAAAGUAGUUGGAGACCGUGAUGUUACUGACAGUGUGGAUGUUCAACCUUCGUCAUCCAGACGCAGAUUCGACUGCGAGAAAAAGAGAUCGACAUCAAUGAUGGACAAUUCUCCUCAAACUACGUCCAAGUCCUCCCACGCAAGCAUAGUGCAUACUCCAGCUACAUUUCCUCGAAUGAGGUCGACAGUGGCCCUUGCUCAACAUCUUCCAAAUUCGAACCAAGACCCUCAUCAACUUCUACUAUUAUGUCUUCGACUGUUGCGGAAUUUAACAUCAGCGGUGGGCCAGUUAAAAGGAGACAUGGUGCAGAUGCGCGAGGAUUGGUCCAAUGACCGCACAAGAAACGUUGAGAGACAGGUACCCCUCAGUGGGAAUUUGCAUCAUCAUUAUUGUGACAGCGUCGAUAAGUUAAAUCAGUUCAACAACAGGCUCCUCCUGUGCCCGAAUUUCUAGUCUCAUCAAUGUAAAGAAAUCCUUAUCGAAGAACAUUGGUUUCAUCCUGAAGCCUCUUAUGACUAAAGAACUUCUCCAGCACUAUACUGCCCAAAAAAAGACGGGAGACAAGUUGUUAUUCACAACUUUACCAAUAUGGUCUUGCAUAAAAGAGGAAUUAAAGAAAGGAGCCAGCAAAAAGAAGAUUCCAGAGUAUAAAGAUGCAGAACUGUUGCAAGGCUUGGGUGGUACCAUCAAUAAUUGUCGUUCCUGGAAGAAUAACAACGAGGACCACAAUGACAAUAAUGGCAGAGAUGAGGAGGCAGCUGGAGGAAAUGUUGUGGAAGAUGGUGCACAAAAUGCAGACGACUGAAUGGACACUAAAAAAUAUGACUUAAAAACAUGUAAAGGUAUUCUUUUAAUAAAUAAAAAUGCUGGUACAUUCCAAAAAUAAUAAAUCAACAAGUUCUGAACGAUUUAUCUGAACGGGGUCCCGAGCGACUGGGCUGACACUGAUCCGGAUAGUGGCCCCCAAUAUGAACUGAAUAUCAUCAGUUCAUGAUACUGAACGCCGGGUCAAGCUAUGAUAAGUUGAUUUGGAUCUGGCUCGGACGUAGUCACCUGAUAGCAAUACGAUGUUUUUCGCCUGAUCCUAUCAGGAUAGAAAACACCGUCACCUCAAACAUCAGUCCCUGAUCCAGUUUCCCUAGUCAGGAACUGAUUCGAAGUCAGGUUUUCAGGAUCAGUUCCCAGUCACAAAAUUAACGGAAUUUCCACUCGGGCAGAUGGUGACACCUGGCCUUUCGGCCAGGUGACUUCCUGGAGCUGUGGGCAAAAUGACCGACCGGCUCAUUGGACAUCCCAAGAGGGAUUGCCUAAAUCUUGUAAAAGUCUAAAUAUAAGGUGUGUGAAUAAGUCUUUCCCGUUUUUUGUAAGAGAUGCUGCCACCAAUACUGUGCGAGUAUUCAAUGAUUACAUAUGUCAUAAUCAAAGCUUAUUCAUCUGUCAACAAUUCUACGCUAACACAUUAGUUGAAAUUUUUUCGCAUCAUAAAUUUUUGAUAUCGUGAAAAUGUCGAAAUUUGAGCCGAGUUGACGUCAUUUGCGGGAAGUUUCACUUUAUUGGUUCAAUUUGAAGAAAUCUGCUGCCGAGACGCAUC